CAUGAAUAUCACUCAGGAGUGUCCUCAAGAAUCAGUAGUUCUUGAUCAAAAAAUGCAUUUGACCCAGCCUCUGCUUAAGUUUGCAUCCUCUUUGUUUCCUGCUGUGAGCUGCUGCUUUAUCUCUGCAGAGUCUCAUAACCAUGUUCAUCAUUUUAUGAAUCAAACAAUUAUUGAUCAUCCAUUGUGCAAAAUGUUUGUGCAUAUUGGACAGCAUGCAGAAUAAAGCGCCAGAAGGCCGGCGGUGCACCGGCGAAGGGCAGGAGGGAAGGGGAGGGAAGGGAAGGAGGAGAUGUCACUGCGCCGCGUCACCAUCACGGUCGCAGCCCCACUCCCUCCUCCUCUUCAAACACCGCCUCAACUUCCGAUUCUCUCGAGAUUAAGAGUCGCACCCUGCCGCCGCUGCUAUUCCAACCCCAAACCCUCCCCUCUCCUCCGCCGCCAGUGGAUGCUGUCGUCCCCGUCCGCUCCAAUCCACGCCAUUUCGUUCACCAAACCCUCCACUUCUUCCUUUACCUACUACUCCAACGGGCUCAGCGUCUCCCAUCUUAGAUCCGCGGAGGAAGCUAAACCUUCCUCAUCCUUCUAUUUGAUCCGAGACGACCUCUUGCACCCGUUGGUCAAUGGAAACAAGGCGAGAAAGCUCGACGCCAUUAUUCCGCUCAUCCUGCGCCACGCCGCCACAGACCUCAUUACCUGCGGAGGUGCCCAGAGUGCUCAUACGGCAGCUCUUGCUGUAUGUUGCGCAGAGAGGGGGAUGAGGGCGCACCUAUUGCUCCGAGGUGAACAGCCGGCAGUGCCCACGGGCUACAAUCUGGUGUCUUUGAUGUAUGGGAGUGUGAGUUAUGUCCCAAGAUCAGUAUACGCUAAUAGGAAUGAAAUGCUUAUGAAACAUGCUGAGUUGGUGGCAGGUGAUCAGGUAAAUGUGGUUUGGGCAGAUGAUAUUCUGAAUUUAGAGAAUGAUGAGCUGUCUUUGAACGACAAUGGAACUCCUCUUUGGAAGGUUGGGAAUGUUAGAAGAGUUGUGAUUGUUAAUGAAGGUGCUGGCAGUGUAGCAGCACUAUUGGGUCUCAUUCGGCUUGUAGAAUAUCUUUCUCAAACCCACAUAUUUGGAACAGAUCAGAAGAUUGCUUUAGUAGUAGAUGCUGGUACUGGGACAACAGCUGUUGGUUUGGCUCUGGGCAUUGCAUAUUUGGGGCUUCCAUGGAAAGUUGUUGCAGUCAUGCUUGCUGAUACUAAAGAAAAGUACGAGGAAUGUGAAAAAUGCCUUGUAUCUGACUUUAAGAGGGUUUAUGGGUUAGAAUCUCUUGAAGACGAUGAGGGAAUUGUGCAAUGGGUCGAACGACUCCAUCCAAGAAGGUUUGGGAAGGUACUGGAUGGGGAAAUAGAUUUGUGCAGACAAAUUGCACAGCAAACAGGAGUUCCCUUGGAUCCUAUCUAUACUUUGGCGGCUUGGGAGCAAGCAGUCCUAUUUGCUGAUUCGGAAGAUGAGAAGGAUUCUCUAGUGGUGAUGCUCCACACUGGUGGCACUCUCGGUUUGUUUGGGUUGGCACAAAGGUAUGCUUCUGAUUUCAGCUCUUCAGGACCCAACAGGCAUGCUUUAUAACGAGCCAGAUUAAGGACAUACGUUGUUGGGACUUCCGGUUCUUGAGUUUCUCGAUCCUAAUAGUCUUUCCAUUUCAGUUUGCUAACGAGGGUCGUUGCUUCAUUGAUAUUUACAGAGUUGUACAGCAACUUGAAAAGCACUAGAGCUGCUCUAUCUAAUUGACAUCUUGAAUACUUUCUUACGAAUACUGCAAAAUUGGCUUGUAAUUGCUUUUGUUAUGACGUUCAUGAAUUAUGUGUUUCUUGAAAUCUUCGAAAUGUUGUACAGUAGUUUUAUGAUUU